AUGGCCGAGCAACGAGUCAAUGUCCACAUCCCCUCCCGGCCUGCCGUGCUGGACAGCGUCCGUCUGCGCAAUAUCCAACUCCCGCUCCCCGCAGCACCAGACCCAUGGCACCGAACCGGUAAACCACAGCCCUGCACAGCUUCGUUGUCGCUGUCCUACUCUUCCGCCGUGGCAGCCGCAGAUGCCGACGAUGUCUCCCUCUCUCUCGACUACGGAAAGCUCUAUCGCCGGCUGGAGGAGGACGUCCGCCACAUGGGCAAGCCCACUGAGCCAACGCCCGUCCACCACAUGAUAAGCAUGGAUGGAAGCCGCCGCGAGGAAAUGCUGGGUGCAGACGUCGGUCAGGAUGUGCGCCUCACCGCGGGAAUCGUGGCAAAUUGUGGCCUCGGACUCCUAGAUGAGACAGCUGCGGGCAUUCGAAGGAUGGCCCAUGUGCAGCAAAAUCGGCGCCGGAGCAGUGCCUCUGCCUCUGAGGCACGGGCUGCGAUCCUGAACAACUCCACUUCGGCACCUGUAUCUUCCGGGACUCCCAUUGAUGACGUUUUUGGACAGUGCGAGGUUUGGCUGCAUCUACCUAAGGCUCUACUGCGUGCGGAGAGUGGACUUCAUUACCGCAGUGUUACAGUGUGGGGUUAUAGACAAGGAACGGCUGGUGGGGAUGCCACUAGUUCCAGCCGGUGCCCUGUGGUUCUAGAGGAGGAAUUCCGCAUUGAGGGUAUUCGGUGCUACUGUAUCUUGGGUGUAAACUCCCAUGAAAGGGUUGAGAAACAGGCCGUUAUCAUCUCAUUGGAGUUCAAAGGUCCUGGACAAUUAGCUUGGGGGUCGACUGUCGUGGACACUUAUCAGGCAAUGACAAGGGCCGUUGCAGAGCGCGUGGAAGAGACUUCGUUCCAAACCGUUGAGGCGCUCGCGACGUUUGUAGCUCGAAUUGCGACGGUUGACUUUGCGAACGAGCGAGUAAAGGUAAGGGUUGAAAAGCCGAGUGCGCUAGCAUUUGUUGAACGCUCCGGCGUAGAAGUGACUCGGUCUCAGGCGUUCUUUGAGAGAUCAGCCUGA